AUGUCAAAGGAAGAACUCGAUGAAGAAGCCGACGUAGCAUUACGACUGGAGAUAUUACAAGUAGAGAGUCUUAGCUUAGUAGAAAUUGAACAGCGGAAGUUUAUGGGCACGGAGAACUUGAAGGAUUAUUCUGAGGAUGGAGAGAAAACCGAGACUUACCAUAUUGAGGGCAUCGUAUAG